AUGUUUAAUAAGUGGAAUCCCUCUAGUGGUUCCUAUAUCAACAAUUGGGAUACCUCAGUCAGAAGUUGGCAAAAGAUAAUUGGCACCAUUGGCAAAAAGAAGGCCAAAGAUGUCAGACAGGUUGAGCUGGUUCUAUCCUCUAAUCUGCUCAAUGCAGAGCAAGCCCUUCAAAAUGACCCUAGCAACUCUCAUCUAAAUCUUCAAGUGGCUAUAGCUAGACAUGAACUCUGGAAAAGGCAGCAUCAUAAAGCACUAGGUGCCCGAACCAGAGCCAGGAUACUCUGGCUAGACAAAGGAGACAAAGGCUCUAAGUUCUUUUUUAACAUUCUGAAGCAAAAGCAAUGUAAGGAAAAUAUUGAUAAGUUAUGGGUGGAUGGCAAGGAAAUUUUUGUUGACGAGGAAAUCCUGAGUGAGUUCAUCAAAUUCUACAAGCAGUUGUUCUCCUCCGAGGACUCUCCUACUUCCAGGACUGCAAGGACCAAAUGUGAGAAUCUUAUACCUAAUCUUGUAUCUCCCAAUGAGGCUAUCUCUCUCAGUAGACCCUUUUCAUCGAAGGAGACUAUUAAAGCUAUUAAUUCCCUUCAUAAUGACAAAGCCCCAAGACCGGUCAGGCUUACUAUAGAGUUUUAUAAGGCUAAUAUAGCAUGGGUCGCUGAUGAUCUUCUUGAGGUCACUGCGGUGUUCAGACUUAACAAAGAGAAGUUCUGGAGGUUCCUUUCAGAUGGGCAUGCCGCAGUAUUCAUUUUCGAACUAUCCCAUGGCUACACUUGGGGAAGAACCAAUGCUGAGAGAACUCCUUUUGUGAACGCCCUUGACGCUCUCAUGGAAGAAAUCAAGGGCAAUGGCCAACAGGUUAGACAGUAG